AUGUAUGCCAAUGUUGUGUACAGACCUGAUACCAGACCUGAUAUCUGUUUUGCUGUUGGCAUGGUUAGCAGAUUUCAAUCUAAUCCUGGGCGAGAACACUGGACUGCAGUCAAGCAUAUUAUCAAGUACUUGAAAAGGACUAGGGAUUAUAGGUUAGUUUAUCAAUCUGACGAUCUUGUACCCAUUGGGUAUACAGAUUCGGAUUUUCAGACUGAUAAGGACUCUCGGAAGUCAACCUCUGGUAAUGCUUUUGUCUUGGGAGGUGGAGCCAUAAGUUGGAGGAGUAUUAAGCAAACUUGUGUUGCUGACUCCACCAUGGAAGUUGAAUAUGUGGCAGCUUCUGAAGCUGCAAAGGAAGCUUGGGGCAGUUGCAAACUCGAAGGAAAGGAGCCACGGAGCCAUAAAAGGGCAAAACACAUUGAGAGGAAGUAUCAUUUGAUACGAGACAUGGUUCAAAGAGCUUUGAGUCAAAAUGAAAUAGUUGCUUUUGUGGAUGAAAAACUUGACAGGGGUGAAGACAUCUCUUCAUCCCUCUUGGCAAUAAUUGAUAAAUCAUAUAUCUCAGUGGUCAUUUUCUCGGAAAAUUAUGCAUGUUCUCCCUGGUGUUUGGACGAGCUUGUGAAUGAUAGAGAUAUACUAUUAACUAUGUAA